CAACACACCUGAGAAACCGGCACUGAACCUAGACGGUAUUCCUUUAGGUCAGACUAUAUAUUCAGGAUAAGGAUUUAAUGAUGUCGCUGUUAGAGCAAACCAAUGCCAGACUCUUUGCACUUUCGUCACAUGAAGUUGAGAAGUUAUUGCUUUAGACACGCUUUGAUUUGAGGAACCACAGCUGAGUGUGUCAAGUCAUGGCGUCACACAUAGAGCUCCUCUUGGGAGUUCUGCAGGACUUGGGGAAUGAUGAGCUCAAGCAUUUUCAGUGGCUCCUGAAGCAGGCUGGGAUCAUCGAGGGUUUCCCAGCCAUCCCAAAGAGCCGACUAGAGGAGGCCGACAGACAGGACAUGGUGGAUGAGAUGGUGCAGACCUACAGCCUGCAUGGAGCUCUGCGGAUCACACUGGAAGUUCUGAGGAAGAUUGGCAGGAAUGAUUUAGUGGAGCAUUUUUCACAAAGUGUUGCUCAGGCUAACAAUGAUGCCACUGAUGUUGGUGAGACUUCAGAAACAACAGGAGCUUGUUCCAUUCAACAGGCGCAAACAGUUCUUCCUCAACCUCCUACUCCUGGUUUACAGACUGAAGAUGUGCUGGUGCAAAGACCUAAGCCUCCACAACCCAUCACGUCGUACCAACGCAUGCUCCAGUCAAACCUCCAGAACAAGUUCAUGUGUAUACUAGAGGGGUCAUCGAAGCAGAAGGACAAGAAACUUCUGGAUGACAUCUACACUGAGCUCUACAUCAUCGACGGGAAUGAUGAAGACAUCAACAGGCAGCAUGAGGUCAGGCACAUUGAGAUGGCAUCAAGAAGGCCGCAAGGAAGCGAAAGAUCAAUUCAGCACAAUGAUAUUUUCAAACACCCUUCUGGGGAAAGCACACCUGUGAGAACAGUUCUGACUCAUGGGAUCGCAGGAAUUGGCAAAACAUUUCUGGUGCACAAGUUCAUCCUGGACUGGGCUGAAGGAAGAGCCAAUCAAGACACGCAUCUCACGUUCCCCUUCACCUUCCGCCAGCUGAACUUACUGAAGGGGAGAAGGUUUCGUCUCGCUGAGCUCAUUCACAAAUGUAUCAGGGAAAGCCAAGAUAUCCAAGAGGAGGCUCUUAAUUACAUCUUCACAAAACUACAGACAUCAGGAAACACCAACUACGACAAGAGCACAUAUAAACUUCUGUUUGUGCUCGACGGUCUGGACGAAAGCCGCCUUCACCUCAACUUCUGCGACAAGGAUGAAUGCUCUGUUGACGAGCCACUGUUUGUGAAUGAGCUGCUGGCGAACCUCAUCCAGGGGAAGCUGCUUCCUUCUGCUCGCCUCUGGAUAACCACACGACCUGCAGCGGCCAAUCAGAUCCCUCUUGACUUUGUUGACAUCAUGACAGAGGUGAGAGGGUUCACCGACCCACAGAAGGAGGAGUACUUCAGGAAGAGGUUCAGAGAUGAGCAGGCUUGUGGCCGAAUCAUCUCCCACGUGAAGACAUCCCGAAGCCUCCACAUCAUGUGUCACAUCCCAGUCUUCUGCUGGAUCACUGCUACAGUUCUGAUGGAAAUGUUAGGAGAAGGUGAGAAAAAUGAAAUUCCUCAAACUCUGACCGAGAUGUAUGCAAAGUUCCUGGUGUUUCAGAUGAAACAGACAGCAAUGAAGUAUGACAUGACUGAGAACGUGAAGAUCAUUAAAUCACUAGCAAAGCUGGCUUUUCACCAGCUGGAGAAAGGAAAUCUGAUCUUCUACGAGACAGAUUUGAAGAACAGUGGCAUUCCCCUCAGUGAUGCGUCCGUGUACUCAGGUGUGUUCACGCAGAUCUUUCAAGAAGAAGAUGGACUGAAUGAAGACAAGAUGUUUUCCUUUGUUCAUUUGAGCAUUCAUGAGUUUUUGGCAGCUUUUUAUGUGGUCCUGUCCCUCUUAAAUGACAACAAGGACGUGAUGGCUGAACCACAAACACCUCUCCAACAUCUGAACAGGCUGUUCCAGAAAGCCACUGUAACUGAAGUCUGUGAGAGAGCUGUGGACAAGGCCUUGCAGAGUCCAAAUGGACACCUAGACUUGUUCCUCCGCUUCCUCCUGGGCCUUUCUUUGAAGUCAAAUCAGGCUCUCUUACGAGGUCUCCUGAAACUAAAACCAAGCAGCAAAGACACCAGCCAGGAACUGGCAAAAUACAUCAAAAAGAAAAUCAGGGAGAAUCCCUCACCAGAGAGAUGCAUCAACCUGUUCCACUGCCUGAGUGAACUGAGGGACUGGUCACUGGUGGACGAGAUCCAACAUUACCUGAGGACAGGAAGCAUCUCCACAGCACACAUCUCUCCUGCUCAGUGGUCAGCUCUGGUCUACGUGUUGCUGUCAUCCGAAGAAGACCUGGAUGUGUUUGAUCUGAAGAAAUACUCUAGAUCAGAGGAGGUUCUUCUGAGAAUGCUGCCGUUGGUCAAAGUCUCAACUACUGCACUACUGAGCCAGUGUCAGCUCUCUCGACUGUCUUGUGAAGCUCUGGCUUCAACUCUCAGCUCGCAGGCCUCCAGUGUGAGAGAACUGGACCUGAGUUUCAACAAGCUUCACGAUGUAGGAGUGAAUCUUCUCUCUGUUGGACUGAAGAGUUCACACUGUAAACUGGAAACUCUCAGGUUGUCAUGCUGUGAGGUCACUCAGGACGGCUGCACUCCUUUGGCUUCGGCCUUGAGCACCAACCCUUCAUAUCCGAAAGAACUGGACCUGAGCAACGAUCGUCCAAGAAAUCCAAAAGUGAAGCAGCCAACCGUGAAAUUGAGAAUACCGGUACACUGUGAGCUAACGGAGCCCCGCGGUCACAACGUGGGCCAGUAUUCCAGUCUCAGAGGGCUGGACCUGAGUAACAACGACCUGCAGGAUGUCGGAGUGAAGCGUCUUUCUGCUGGACUGGAGAGUCCACGCUGCAGACUGGAAGAUCUCAGGCUCAGCUGGUGUUGCAUGUCGGAGAAGGGCUGUGACUAUCUGGCCUCGGUUUUCCAGUCCAAACCCUCCAGUCUGAGAAACCUGGACCUGAGUAACAACGACCUGCGGGACUUGGGAGUAGAGCUGCUGUCUCUUGGCCUGGAAAGACCAAACUGCAGACUGGAAACCCUCAGUUUGUCAGGCUGCCUGGUUACAGAGAAAGGCUGUUCCUCUCUGGCAUCGGCUAUUAGCUUCAACCCCUCCCAUCUGAGAGAGCUGGACCUGAGCUACAACCAUCCAGGAGACUCCGGGCUGAAGCUGCUCUCAGCUGGACUGGAGGAUCCACAUUGGAGGCUGGAGACCCUCAGGGUUGAUCAUUGUGGAGAGUCCAGAAUGUUGCUUGGGCCUAAAAAAUAUGCCUGUGAACUUACACUAGACCCAAACACAGCUUACAAGAACUUCCUCCUGUCUCAGGAUAACAAGAAGGUAACGGUGGUGAAAGAGCAGCAGCCGUAUCCGGAUCACCCAGACAGGUUUGAGGUCCGGUGCCAGGUUCUGGGUAUGAAUGGUCUGACUGGGCGGUGCUACUGGGAGGUGGAGUGGUCGGGACCAGUUACAGUGGGAGUAGCAUACAGAGGGAUAGAGAAGAAAGGAAAAGGGGACGACUCGUUGCUUGGGUGGAACAACAAGUCCUGGGGCUUUGACUACAGGAACAUUGCUUGGCACGACGGAAAGGCCACUGUCUCAUCGACGUCGUCCACUCACAGACCCGACAGGAUAGCUGUUUAUCUGGACUGGCCUGCUGGGACUCUGUCCUUCUACAGAGUCCUCUCAGACACUCUGGUCCACCUCCACACCUUCCACUGCACAUUCACAGAACCUCUCUACCCUGUGCUGGAGGUUGUUGGUACCGGUUGCUUUGCAUCAUUGUGCUCGUGUUAGAGAAUGGAAACUACCGUAUGUCAAAAGGAACAGCCAGAACCAGUGACUGCUGCUUCUCAGUGAUGAAUUAGCCUUUGAAUGAAUGGUUCAUCCAUCUGUCCAUCUGUCCAUCCAUCCAUCCAUCCAUCCAUCCAUCCAUCCAUCCAUCCAUCCAUCCAUCCAUUUAUCAUCCAUCCAUCCAUCCAUCUUCUUCCACUUAUCCGAGGUCGUGGAGGCAGCAGAGGAAGUUUGCUGAGUGUUGAGGUUGUUGCUCCAUGAACAUUGAUCCAAUCCUGCCAUCUAGUGGACAAAGAACAAGGGUGCAGAUUUCAGGCCAAAGUUAAACCUUGACCAAAUCUGGGCUUUUUUGUUUAAAAAAAACAAACAAACAAACAAAAAAAAACAUAAAUAAAUAAAUAAAUAAAUCUCUUCAAAACAGAUUUGUCAUUUUAGACUUUGCAAUCAAUACUUAUCUUUAUUUUAUUAAUUCAUUAUUUUUUAAUUAUUUAUGUCUGUUUGUACAUUUUAGCCAGUUCUAAGUUGUUGGUUUUUUUUUUCAGAUUUCGCUUUAUUAUUAUUGUCUUUUCUCUUCUUAGUUUUUGAAUCAUUGACUUGAACUGCCUCUGGUGUUUCCUCAUUGCAAAUUUAUGGGAUUUAUGAGAUUUAUUUAUAAGGUUAAAGUUAAGUUUGUACUUUUAGGAAACUCAUUAAUGUCACUCAUUCUGUCUGAUGUCAAACAUUGAAUACAGCGUACUGAGGCUUCUGGUAGAAGUUCUGUUUGAGAAGUUUAUUCAGAAUUUGGUGACAUUCACUGAUGUCUUAAAAAAGGUUCAUGUGUCUUAUUAGUAGAAUUUAAAACAAAACCUGAAAUGACUGUACUUAAAAUAAAAUUAGAAUAAUUAUUACAGCUUUAGUUAUUGAUAGAGAUGUGGUUAAUCUUUAUGUAAGAAGGAGUGCAGGUUUAUUUAUGUUGCACCUUUAGACAACAGGGAAAUAUAAAGUUAUGCGAUAUGAAAGAAACAAAAACAUGCAAAAUACGUUCUAAAAAUUAAUAAAAUAACAUAGAAGAACAAUGGAAUAAAAAUAUGACAGUGCA